AGCAUUCCAAGCAAGCCAUUUUGGCAUGGAUGGAAUCUGGAGAAAGAGUAAAGCCGGCGGAUAUCAAACCGAAUGAGUACACUUCAGAACCUACAUAUGACGAGGGACAGAUAACAGAGUCCGUUCACCAUAUCUUGUCACCGAGCGCUCUCCAGGAUGAAAUCCCAGUUCAAAAUCUUGAAAGUAGGGUGGAUUCGAGUGAGGAUACUGGCCUCAUUCGGCUUGAGAAGCUUGGUAUUGAAGUGAGACUUCCAGCAAACGAAGCUUACAGCGCAAAAGAUGUCACCUUCGAACCAAUCCAUGACAUUCCACCUGAGUUGGUACUGAAGGAAACAGAAGCCAUCAUCACUGUCGGCUUGAGGAUGUCGCCCUCUGACGCAAACUUUGACAUUCCGGUGAGAGUAAGGAUGCCCCAUUGUGGUAUAUUCACAAAGCCAGAGGCUGCGGAAGUCGUCAUUUAUUAUCGCAAGAGUGCUUCUGAAAGUUUUACGGCGAUUCCUUCUACCAACGGGAGCCCGCGAUGUGUUGUAAGACAUCGCGACCUUGAUAUCUACACGAACCAUUUCUCCGAAUUUUGGAUUGUAGCUGUCUUCAGACGGAUAUUCAUUGGAAAGCGUGUUAUUUGUACACCAUAUAUUCCUGUGUCAACUUCGAAGAAUGAUGAACACGAGUUGUUUGUCCAUGUAAGAGAUGAACACAUCAGAAAACUGGAGGUGGAUGACAAAUACAUGGCUCCGAUUCCCGGAGAGCAAUUCUUGGUUAGGUGGCGUUCUGGAGGAUUAAGGAUAACUUGCAAACAAAGCACGGAAGACGACACCACGGUAACAUUCAUAUGA